GCCAUGGAGGCCGUGCCCCGCAUGCCCAUGAUCUGGCUCGACCUCAAGGAGGCCGGGGAGUUCGCCUUCAACGGCGCCGUCAAGAAGUUCGUCCUGAAGAACUAUGGGGAGAACCCGGAGAACUACAACGAGGAGCUGCGCAAGCUGGAGGGGCUCCGGCAGAGCGCCGUGACGGUGCCGCGGGACUUCGAGGGCUGCAGCACCCUCAGGAAGUACUUUGGGCAGCUCCACUACCUGCAGAGCCGCAUCCCCAUGGGCGCCGAGCAGGAGGCCGCCGUGCCCGUGGCCUGGACCGAGAUCUUCUCGGGCAAGACGGUGACCCACGAGGACAUCAAGUACGAGCAGGCCUGCAUCCUGUACAACCUGGGAGCGCUGCACUCCAUGCUGGGCGCCAUGGACAAGAGGGUGUCCGAGGAGGGCAUGAAGGUUUCGUGCACCCACUUCCAGUGCGCUGCCGGCGCCUUCACGUACCUGCGGGAUCACUUCCCUCACUCCUACAGCGUGGACAUGAGCCACCAGAUCCUCAACCUCAACAUCAACCUCAUGCUGGGCCAGGCCCAGGAGUGUCUCCUGGAGAAAUCCAUGCUGGACAACAGGAAGAGUUUCCUCGUGGCGCGGAUCAGCGCCCAGGUCGUGGAUUACUACAAAGAGGCCUGCCGGGCUUUGGAAAACUCGGAGACGGCUUCGCUGCUGGGGAAGAUCCAGAAGGACUGGAAGAAACUGGUGCAGAUGAAGAUUUACUAUUUUGCUGCCGUGGCUCAUUUGCACAUGGGCAAACAGGCCGAGGAGCAGCAGAAAUUCGGGGAGAGGGUCAUCUACUUCCAGAGCGCCCUGGAUAAGCUCAACGAAGCCAUCAAGCUGGCCAAGGGCCAGCCAGAAACGGUGCAGGAAGCCCUGAGAUUCACCAUGGAUGUGAUCGGUGGCAAGUACAAUUCGGCCAAGAAGGACAACGACUUCAUCUACCACGAGGCCGUGCCGGCCCUGGACACCCUGCAGGCCGUGAAAGGGGCCCCGCUGGUGAAAGCGCUGCCCGUGAACCCCACGGACCCGGCUGUCACCGGCCCCGACAUCUUCGCCAAGCUGGUUCCUAUGGCCGCCCACGAGGCCUCUUCGCUCUACAGCGAGGAGAAGGCCAAGCUGCUGCGAGACGUGAUGGCCAAGAUCGAGGCCAAGAACGAGGUGCUGGACCAGUUCAUGGACUCCAUGCAGCUGGACCCCGACACCGUGGACAACCUGGACAUGUACAACCACAUCCCGCCCGUGCUCAUGGAGAAGUGCGCGGCGCUGAGCGUGCGCCCGGACACCGUCAAGAACCUGGUGCAGUCCAUGCAGGUGCUCUCCGGAGUCUUCACGGACGUGGAGGCCUCCCUGAAGGAGAUCCGGGACCUGCUGGAGGAGGACGAGGAGCAGGAGCGGAAGCUGCAGGAGCUGCUGGGCAGGAGCCCACCGGGGCCGCGCGCGUCCCCUCCGUGCCCGGCGCUGGCCGAGGUGAGCAAGGAGUGCUCCAAGUACCUGGAGGUGCACGAGAAGGCCAGCUUCACCAACACGGAGCUGCACAAGGCCAUGAACCUGCACAUCGGCAACCUGCGCCUGCUCAGCGGGCCGCUGGAGCAGGUCCGGGCCGCGCUGCCCGCGCCGGCGCUGACCGAGGACGACAAGCAGGUGCUGCAGAACCUCAAGCGGGUGCUGGCCAAGGUGCAGGAGAUGCGGGAGCAGCGGGCGGCGCUGGAGCAGCAGCUGCGCGAGAUGAUCCAGAAGGAUGAUAUAACCACGGCGCUGGUCACCGCCGACCGCUCCGAGAUGAAGAAACUCUUUGAGGAGCAGCUGAAGAAGUACGACCAGAUCAAGGUGUACCUGGAGCAGAACCUGGCCGCCCAGGAGAACGUCCUGAAGGCCCUCACCGACGCCAACGUCAAGUACGCGGCCGUGCGCAAGGCCCUGGCCGAGGUGGAGCACAAGUGGAACACGACGGUGCAGACCCUGGUGGCCUCCUACGAGGCCUACGAGGACCUCAUGAAGAAGUCGCAGGAGGGCAAGGACUUCUACACCGACCUGGAGGGCAAGGCGGCCAAGCUGCUGGAGAAGGCGCGGGCCGCGUGCCGCGCUGCCGACGCCGCCCGGCAGCAGCUCCUCGAGAAGGAGCUGAGGAAGCAGCCGCCGCCGCGGCCCACGGCGCCCAAGCCGGCCCUGGCCAAGACCCCCGAGGGGCAGCACGGCGGCUCCAAGGCGCCCGGGGGGCCGCCGCUGCUGCAGCCCACCAAGGCGGAUGCCAAGGAGGGCCAGCGGCCGCGCGCGCUGCAGCUCAUCGAGAGCGACCCGUACGAGCAGCCCGAGCGGCUGCGGCGGCUGCGCGCCGACCUCGAGCGCUUCCGCGGCCUCGUGGAGCGGCUGGAGUGCCCGGCGGCGCCCGGCGCCGCCUCGCCGCUCGACGCCGUGUGGAAGGAGCUGCAGGACGCGCAGGAGCGCGACGCGCGCCAGCUCUCCAUCGCCAUCGCCCGCUGCUACUCCAUGAAGAACCGCCACCAGGACGUCAUGCCCUACGACCGCAACCGCGUGCUGCUGCGCUCGGGCAAGGACGACUACAUCAACGCGAGCCGCGUCGAGGACCUCUCGCCCUACUGCCCCGCCAUCAUCGCCACGCAGGCGCCGCUGCUCGGCACCGCCGCCGACUUCUGGCUCAUGAUCUACGAGCAGAAGGUCUCCGUGGUCGUCAUGCUCGUGUCCGAGCAGGAGCUCGACAAGCAAAAGGUGCUGCGCUACUUCCCGUCGGAGCGGGGCCAGCCCGUGGUGCAGGGGCCGCUGACGCUGGUGCUGAGCAGCGUGCGGGCGGCGCCCACGCACGUGGAGCGCAUGAUCACGCUGCAGUACCGCGAGCAGAGCCUCAAGCGCACCGUGGUGCACCUGCAGUUCACGUCGUGGCCCGAGCUGGGCCUUCCCGAGAGCAAGGGCAGCCUCCUGAGCUUCAUCCACGACGUGCACGGCCACUACCUGCACCAGCGCCCGCUGCACACGCCCGUCGUGGUGCACUGCAGCUCCGGCGUGGGCCGCACCGGCGCCUUCUGCCUGCUCUACGCGGCCGUGCAAGAGCUGGAGGCCGGCAACGGGAUCCCGGCGCUGGCGCCGCUCGUGCGGCGGCUGCGGCAGCAGCGCAAGCACAUGCUGCAGGAGAAGCUGCACCUCAAGUUCUGCUUCGAGGCGCUGCUGCUGCACGCGGAGCAGCUGCUGCAGCGGCACGGCGCCGGCCCCCCCGCCGCCUGCAAGGCGCCCGCCAGCGCCUCCCCCAAGCUCUACGUGCAGCAGGACCCGCAGGACCUGGUGCUGGGGGGGGACGUGCCCAUCAGCUCCAUCCAGGCCACCAUCGCCAAGCUGAGCGUGCGGGCGCCGGGCGCGGAGCUGCCCAGCAGCAACCACGUGGCCGAGCUGCCCCCCGCGGCGGCGGCGCCCGCGGCCGCCCCCGUCCCCGCUGCGGCCUCGGCCGCCUCCUCCUCCUCCUCCUCCUCGCUGGAGCUGCUGGCGUCGCUCACGCCCGAGGCCUUCACGCUGGACGCGGCGCUCAAGGGCAAGCAGCGCAUGAACAAGCAGAACUUCCUGCAGGCGCAGGCGGGCGAGGGGCUGCGCGGGCCGCCGGCCGCCGACGACCCCCUCAGCCUCCUCGACCCGCUCUGGAGCCUCAACAAGACGUGA